ACACAAUUUCGAAGGUAGCGAAAGCCCACAAACGAAUAGAACUUGGGCUAGGGAGGGACGAUAAUCCAUGAUGGCAAAGUUUGGAAAUUUGGGGGGCGAUGCAAAUGAAGGAGAAGAACAGAAUCUGGAGAGUGCAGCGGCUGGUGGUUUAUUAGUUAAUUAAUAAUUAUUACUUGCUGCUUGCUAGAGCAGAGAUUUUAUUCAUCUUCUUCUUCUUCUUCUUCUUCUGUGAAUAUGAAUAAUAACAAUAAUAAUAGUAAGGGUAAAUUAAAACAGAAGCAGAACAAAGUGGAGCUGUUCCUUCUAAUACUUUAUGCAAUUGGCUUCUACGCCUUUUGCAUCCGUCGUUCUCUUCACCUUUCUCGACAUCAUUUCCCCAAACUGUACGGUUUGCGUAGCGGAUGGCUUUUCUCUCCUCGUCUCAAUGAUGUCUCUGAUGCCCAGUGGAGAAAUUUCCGCGCAAAUUUACCCCUUCUUACCCUUGUCUUUGGAGUCUUUACCAUGCUCGCUAAUAUCUCAAGGCAAUGUUUCCAUUUGAGAGCAAGAGGGAUGUCCAUUGUUUGGCUUUUCCUUUCUCUCAUUUACCUUUCUUAUCUUCAUGGAGCUUGCAUCGUCUUUAUCUUUUUAAUUGCUUCAGCAAACUUUCUUCUAGUAAAGAUAUUUGCAAAGGCAAAGUACUUCCCUCUUGUACUUUGGACUUUCAACCUAUUUUUUCUUUUUUGCAACCGUGUUUAUCAAGGAUAUUCGUUCUCCAAGUUUGGGCAACGCUGGGCAUAUUUGGACAAUUUUCGAGGCACAUUUAGAUGGCACAUUUGCUUUAACUUUGUUGUUUUGCGCAUGAUAAGCUUUGGCUACGAUUACCAUUGGGCACAUCAAGAUUCUUGUUUUGAUCAAGAGAAGCAUAUCCAAAGAUGCCAUGUUUGUAAAUCAGGAAAAAUUUGUUAUCAAAUUCUACAGGAGAGAAAUGUCCAUACCAACAAUUUUACCUUUACUAUAUACCUUAGUUACCUGGUGUAUGCACCUAUUUACAUUUCAGGGCCAAUCAUAAGUUUUAAUGCAUUUGCCUCCCAGUUAGAUGUGCCACAAAAUUAUUACUCAGUUAAAGAGGUGACUUGGUACGGGCUACGUUGGGUAUUUGGUCUGUCUCUUAUGGAACUAAUGACUCAUUUGUUUUAUUUUAAUGCCUUUGCUGUCAGUGGUUCAUGGAAAAUGUUAUCCCCUAUGGACAUAUUCAUCAUUGGAUAUGGGGUCAUAAACUUCAUGUGGUUAAAGUUUUUCCUUAUCUGGCGCUAUUUUCGGUUUUGGUCACUGAUAGCUGGCAUUGAGGCCCCUGAAAACAUGCCAAAAUGUGUCAAUAAUUGCCACAAUUUAGAAAGUUUUUGGAAAAGUUGGCAUGCGUCCUUCAACAAGUGGAUUGUGAGGUACAUGUAUAUUCCUCUUGGUGGAUCUCGGAGAAAGCUACUCAACAUAUGGGUUAUAUUCACAUUUGUCGCUAUAUGGCAUGAUUUGGAGUGGAAACUUCUUUCAUGGGCAUGGCUAACAUGUUUAUUCUUUGUUCCUGAAAUGUUGGUGAAAUCAGCAGCAAAUGCAUUGCAGGCUGAGGGUGCUUUGGGAGGAUUCAUUUUUCAUGAACUUAGAGCAGCUGCUGGUGCUAUCACAAUCACUUGUCUCAUGGUUGCUAACCUCGUUGGCUAUGUUAUUGGUCCGUCAGGCAUUAAUUGGUUGAUUUCUCAAUUCCUCCGAAAAGAAGGACUGUCUGUCUUGGGUUUUAUGCUUCUGUCAUUUUAUGUGGGAACUAAGCUCAUGUUUCAAAUCUCUGAUGCCAAGCAAAGGAUGCAAUGAAGUUCAUUUCUAGUCUGCAUGAUGUAUCCAUAUUGAGGCCUUUGAUGAAAUGAGUAGAUUCUCAGCUAGGAAUUUUGGAUUUUAGUUUAAUACUAUAACUGUAUACCUCUUUAGGAGACAAAGGAAGGAAUGGCUGGAGAUUAAUGCUACAUAUGAUUUUUGAUAAUUUCAACAGAUCAUCGACCUUAUGUAUGGUGUUAAACUUUUGCAUACUGCAUUAGGGUCAAAUUGGAUCUGCUCAAUUAUUUUCUUGUAA